AUGACGGAGUUUCGACGACUGGCUUGCUGUGUAACUCGUCCUUGGAAUUCGAGGAGCUGCUCAGUGCUUAAUAAAAGCUUUGUAAAUACACGAUCUGUCAUAAGAGAUGACGAGUUGUUAGAAAUGGAUUCACCGCAAAUAAGGGAACCUUUGCUAAAUAUGACGCAUGAUCCUAUUGUAAACUCUGUGUCUGCACAAGCAUGGUCUCGACAGGAGCUCACUCGGUUGCGACCAACGGGCAAUAGUGCGAAGAUCAUCAAGGAAGACCAAGUGGACUUUGUCGAUGCGGAUAUUGAAAUGGGUGCUGUAAAAAAGAAGUCGGCCGCCUUUCAGAGUUUUUUGCAAAUUCAUUCCCUGUGGUCUCUGCGAGUAUUCUAUGCAUUUUCCAUAGAAAAGCCAAACUUAUUAUUGGCUUUCCAGCCUUCGUAA